CUAAUACCGAAUUUCGAGAUUCUCGGGGGAGGGGGGGGGGGGGGGCGAGGCCCCCCCCGAAGGCUGUUGUAGCUCCGCCCCUGGGUUCGGAGAUCCUUAACCAUACUAUAUGGCUUGGAGAGAAGAAACUGUUUACAAUAAAAAUUAAUCUUGUACCACAUCGGUUAAAUAAAAGAGAUUAAAUGGCCUUAUAAGGCCAACUUAAUUAUAACAAUUUAAAUAAGUUGAGUGGGCUACCUAGAUUGGGUUUUUGGGCCCAUUACUCUGUGCCAUCAACACCACCCCUAGGACAUGGCAAGGGGGUGGGUACCAUACCACCACCCCUAGGACGUGGCAAGAGCGGUGCCAAGAAGGGCGGCCACCAUCCGUCCACCCCCAUGAUGUGUCGAGGGGGUGGGUACCAUGUUGCCACCCCCAUGAUGUGCCGAGGGGGUGGGCAGCAAGGGGGUGUCGAGGGGGGUGGCCACCAUCCGUCCACCCCCAUGACUUGGUAAGGGGGGGGGGGGUAGCAUAUAGCCACCCCAUGAUGUGCCGAGGGGGUUGAGCAUCAUACUGCCACCCACAGGAUGUGGACAUGGUCAAGGGUUGAUCGACAUACACCCCUAUGAGAUGAUUGAGGGUGGCCAUCAACACAUAGCCCCAUGGUACGAUUAGCGGGUGAGAUUAAUAUACACCCUCAUGAGGUAGUCAGUGGGUGAUUAUCUUGGGUGAAAUUUGGUAAAGUCUGGAGAUGGUUGACCGAAUUUGGCCAAGGCAAGGAACACCCCCAUGAGAUGAUCAGGGGGUGGUGAUCAACUCACACCCCCAUGAGGUGGUUAGGGUGGGUCACCAACAUACGCCCCCAUGAGGUGAUCAUACAAGGGGCCAGGGGGAGUCAAGUGGCAAUUAGGUCACCCUUUCAUGCCUUAGCCAUUUUUUCUCUGCAGACAAGCAAAGCUACAGAGAAGAUACCAAGAGCAAGGAGUGAAGUCUUAAGAGAAGUGCACUACCGUCGUCACGACAUCAAUGGAGCAGUUGAAAAGAGUAACCGUCACUCCACAUCAACAAAGCGGUUUUUUGAAAGAAAUUACUUCUUGUGGCUAUAAAUAGGAGGUGAAGACAACAGAGGAGUGGUUCGCCAAAAUCACACCAGACAACAUAAUGUCAAAUUUUAUCCUUUUAUCUUUUCCUCUAGAAAUUUAGUCAUAGUAGUAGUUUUGGAGCUCUCGCUGAACCUCCAUAGGAGUAGACUUAAUGUAAUUUAGUUUGUCUCGUAGAUCAUCAAGAACAUUGAACGCCCUUGUUUGAACCUUGUUCAAAGAGGUGUGAACCGUGUUUGUUAAUCGUUUGUGUGGAAGUCAAAAGGUGAAAUUCAAUUAUGUUCAUCUUGAUUUUCUCGCCGGGAAAACAAAUUGGCACACCUAGUGGGACACGUGUGUUCGAUUUGAUGGCUCCGAGGCGGAGUAAUCAAGAAGGUGAAGCUCCGGCUGGUUUUAUGGAGGAGCAAGUGGCCAACAUUGAACAUGGCCAAGUGUCAGAGGCGGUGGUCGAAAACAAUGGCAGGGCGGAGAUCCUACCGACGGCGACGCCUGGUGGGGAUAUUGGUGAAGCAGUGGUGGUCCUCCGUCAAAUGAUGGAGGAGAACCGCAAGCUGGUGGCAAAGAACUGUCAAGCCAUAAAGGAGAACCGCCAAAUGAUGGUGGAGAACCUUCGCAUGAUGGAGGAGGCUAUAUCUGUUUUUCAUCAAGCAGAUCUGUUUUUCAUCAAGCAAACUCUCAAAUGGAUUGUCUCAAUUCUCGUGUAGAGAGACGUUUAAGUCCAUUGUUUGAAGUGGUUAAUAGAAAUAGAAAUAAAAAUGAUUUGAUGAGUUUAGAAGGUUUUUAACCACACCAAUAGUUCAAUCUAGAGCUCUGCCAUUAGAUAGCAUGAAUCAAGCCCCGAAUAAUACUUCUGCAAAUUUUAGUUUAUCUCCCGUCGGUGACAUGAAUGGUCAGCCACGGCAAGAUAACUUCUCCCCGUCGAUGACAAACCAACCAACCCCUCAAGACAUGAAUCACGACGAGAUUCCCGUCACUACUCAAGUGGAGGGGAUACCCAAUGCGGGAGUUGGAGAAUUCCCCCACGUGGUGAGAAUUUGGGAGUCACACAUUCUGCUCCAGUGGAACCGCCACCCAUACCCAUGCCGGUGGCAAGGCCCUAUACGAUGUCUGCACACUUGGGAGGGGGAGAUCAAGUUCCUCCGAGAACAUACCCAACACCCAUGCCACCCCAUUUCAAUGGGUAUGGCAUGGAUCCCAUACGAUUCGUACCCCAAGGGGGGCAGCAAGGGGGGCAUGAUCCCAACACUCUAAGGGACCAAGUGGCUCAACUUCUCGCUGAACAAUUCGGCAUGGAAGUGAGACCCACCAUGCCACCCAUGUAUCGGAAACCAUACCAUGAGUGGGUAGAUACACUCUACCCGUUCCCAAGGGGGUUUAGGGUGCCAGUCUGCCAGAAUUUGCCACGUUCACUAGGACAGGAGACGAGUCUACUAUGGAGCAAAUUGGACGUUUCACUGUCCAAUGUGGAGAUGUAUGAGACUUUAUUAAGUUAAGAGUAUUUGGAAACUCAUUGACAAGACCUGCUUUUGCUUGGUAUGUCAACUUGCCAUACAACUUCGUCCAGACAUGGCAGCAGAUGGAGCAAAUCUUCCAUGCUCAGUUCUAUAGAUCUUAGAGUGAGGUUUUCAUGGUUGACUUGGCACGAAUGCGCCAAGAGCCAGGCGAAUCAGUGGAGCAUUUCUUGACAAACUUCAAGAAUGCUCGUAACCGUUGCUUUAUCAACUUGACAGAAAGAGAGUUUGUCAAGUUAGCACAAGGGGGGUUGAGUUUUGAGUUAAGAAAGAAAUUCCAAGAUUUGGAAAUUUUUUGACUUAUUCCAACCAGGGGCGGACCCAUGUGCUAGGGAGGUGUGUCAAGCGACACACCUCAGCCCGAAUAUUUUGUGAGAGACCCAUGUUUUGCCGGUAUAAUUUUUUGGAAUUUAGAACUUCUGACACACCUUCAAUAAUUGUAAUCAACACAACUUCAAUACACUACAAUGAAAUUG